ACUCCCAGUGGUGCAGAGGGAGAGAGGAAGGCGACCAGCACAGGGAGGGUCGCUGCAGGUCCCCGCUGCCGCCACCGGCUGUCCCACGGGGGCCCAGGGCGAAGCGCCUUGUGCAGGAGCUGCCCGUGUCAACACCCCGGCGGCCCGGCAGCGGGGGUUUAAUCCGGUUAGAGGGGAUUAACGUGACGGUUUAAAGGCCGGGAAAGGGGUGCCAGGAGCGCCGGAGAGGAAGCGGCCGCCGGCGGGCAGCGGCACAGCCCGGACGGCACCUGUAGACGAUGCCAGCCAUCAACAUCGAGGACCUGAGCGAGAAGGACAAACUGAAAAUGGAAGUGGAGCAGCUCCGGAAAGAAGUGAAGCUGGAGAGGCAGCCGGUGUCCAAGUGCUCCGAAGAGAUCAAGAACUACAUCGAGGAGCGGUCGGGCGAGGACCCGCUGGUGAAGGGGGUUCCCGAGGACAAGAACCCCUUUAAGGAGAAGGGAGGCUGCGUCAUCGCUUAGGAGACAGCAGCCAGCGCCGGCCGCCGGGGCAGGCACCUGUGCCCUUAGGGAGUCUCCAGCGCGUCCCCGCCGCCGGCCACGGGAGCGGAUUUCUGCCCUUCUUCUUGUUGGGUUUAUUCUCACAGAAAUAAAGGAACCAGCCCGAAA